GUUACUCUUGUCGACUCAAACAAACCUUUUUACAGGACAAACAUCUGAAAAAUGUCGGGAAAGCCACUGAAUUUGGGGAAACACAAAUCAGCGCAGAGAUUCUCGCUUGCGGUAGUGCGAAUAUGCGUUCGCUUGGAGAUGAAUAUUCAGAUCAGAUAUUAUGGGCUGUUCGUGCAAUAUCUACGUAUGUUACGUUUUAUAAAGCUGUGAUUCCUGCAACGUAUUGGACAGAGCUUGAAAACGGCCUACCGCAAAAUCAGUCAAUUGAGGUUCAAAGGUGGCCGGCUAAGAAUGGUUUGACGACUGGUUUUGAUCUCGCUGAACCAGACGGAAGGCGAACGGUGUUGACAGCAUUAAUCAAAAUUCGUGAAUCACUUUUACAGGAAGAAGACGAGGGGAAAGGGGGGGAUGAACAGCUGUCGUAA